UAAAGCAAGAAAGCACCAAAGCACAGAUGCAAGAAAGCACCAAAGUAUGCAAAAAAGCACUAAAGCAGAGAAGCAAGAAAGCACCAAAGCAGAAAAGCAAGAAAGUACUAAAGCAGAGAAGAAAAAAAGCACUGAAGCAGAGAAGCAAGAAA